AUGCCUGUACAAGCUCCACAAUGGACGGAUUUUCUCUCCUGCCCAAUUUGCACUCAGACUUUCGACGAAACAAUUCGAAAGCCAAUCAGUUUGGGCUGUGGCCAUACUGUCUGCAAGAUGUGCCUAAAUAAACUCCAUCGCAAGGCUUGCCCAUUUGACCAGACCACUAUCAAUACAGACAUCGAGCUCCUCCCUGUGAACUCAGCAUUGCUACAGCUAGUGGGUGCUCAGCUGGUAAACAGAAAGUAUGAGUUCACCUUGAAGUACCUCAGAAGAAAAGCUUCAAUGCAGGAAGAAGCUUUAAAGUUGGUUUUAUUGGCCUUAGAAGAUGGAUCUGCUUUGUCAAGAAAAGUCUUGGUUCUCUUUGUGGUGCAAAGGUUGGAGCCUCGAUUCCCUCAGGCCUCUAAAACUAGCAUUGGGCAUGUUGUCCAGCUCCUUUACAGAGCCUCCUGCUUCAAGGUCACUAAACGUGAUGAAGACUCUUCUUUAAUGCAACUGAAAGAAGAAUUUAGAACCUAUGAAGCUCUGAGGCGAGAACAUGACUCCCAGAUAGUGCAGAUUGCUAUGGAAGCAGGUUUACGAAUUGCACCAGACCAGUGGUCCUCUUUGCUUUAUGGAGACCAGUCUCACAAAUCUCAUAUGCAGUCAAUUAUUGACAAGUUGCAGACCCCAGCCUCUUUUGCGCAAAGUGUUCAGGAAUUAACAAUCGCUCUACAGCGGACUGGAGACCCAGCGAACUUAAACCGAUUAAGACCCCAUCUGGAACUGUUGGCAAACAUUGAUCCUAGUCCAGAUGCUCCUCCUCCUACUUGGGAACAGCUUGAAAAUGGGCUGGUGGCUGUUCGGACAGUAGUACAUGGACUAGUUGAUUAUAUCCAGAAUCACAGCAAAAAAGGAGCAGAUCAACAGCAGCCUCCACAGCAUAGCAAAUAUAAAACAUACAUGUGUCGAGAUAUGAAACAGAGAGGAGGAUGCCCUCGUGGGGCAAGCUGUACAUUUGCUCACUCACAGGAGGAACUGGAAAAAUUUCGUAAAAUGAACAAACGCUUAAUUCCCAGACGACCUCUGAGUGCCUCUUUGGGUCAGCUUAAUGAAGUGGGCCUGCCUUCAGCAGCUAUCCUUCCAGAUGAAGGUGCAGUGGAUUUGCCUAGCCGAAAACCCCCAGCUUUGCCAAAUGGAAUUGUAUCAACAGGAAACACUGUCACACAGCUGAUUCCAAGAGGGACAGAUGCCAGCUAUGACUCUAGCCUGAAACCAGGCAAGAUAGAUCAUCUGAGCAGUAGUGCGCCUGGAUCCCCUCCUGACCUAUUGGAAUCUGUCCCUAAGAGUAUUUCUGCCUUACCUGUGAAUCCACAUCCUGUACCUCCAAGGGGUCCAACAGACCUGCCUCCCAUGCCUGUCACCAAACCACUUCAGAUGGUACCACGAGGCUCUCAGUUAUAUCCAGCACAACAAGCAGAUGUUUAUUACCAGGAUCCUCGAGGAGCUGCUCCACCAUUUGAACCCACACCUUAUCAGCAGGGUAUGUACUAUACUCCACCACCUUGUGUGUCCUGCUUUGUUCGGCCUCCGCCAUCUGCUCCUGAACCUGCUCCUCCUUACUUGGAUCAUUAUCUGCCCUACCUCCAAGAUCGUGGUGUAAAUUCCCAGUAUGGCACACAACCACAGCAGUACCCACCUAUGUAUCAGCCACACUAUGACAACCGUCGCCUAUACCCUGCUCAGUCUUAUACAAGAGAGGAGAUCUUUCGAGAAAGUCCUAUACCCAUUGAAAUUCCACCUGCAGCAGUACCAUCUUAUGUUCCAGAAUCCAGAGAAAGAUACCAACAGAUAGAGGGUUACUAUCCAGUGGCUCCUCAUCCCUCUCAGAUCAGACCUUCAUACCUCAGAGAGCCUCCUUAUAGCCGGCUUCCACCUCCUCCCCAGCCUCAUCCUAGUCUAGAUGAAUUGCAUCGCAGAAGAAAGGAAAUAAUGGCCCAGCUAGAAGAAAGAAAAGUCAUCUCUCCACCUCCUUUUGCACCUUCACCAACAUUGCCUCCUACCUUCCAUCAGGAGGAAUUUUUAGAUGAAGACUUGAAGAUAGCUGGGAAAUACAAAGGAAACGAUUAUAGCCAAUACUCUCCUUGGUCUUGUGACACCAUUGGUUCCUACAUUGGAACCAAAGAUGCAAAACCCAAAGAUGUGGCAGCAGGAAAUGUGGAAAUGAUGAAUGUGGACAGUAAAGGAAUGAGAGACCAGAGGUUGGAUCUUCAGAGAAGAGCAGCAGAAACCAGUGAUGAUGACCUCAUCCCAUUUGGAGAUCGACCAACAGUAUCUCGGUUUGGUGCCAUCUCUCGAACUUCCAAAACAAUAUAUCAGGGUGCUGGUCCAAUGCAGGCUAUGGCACCUCAGGGAGCUCUCACAAAGUCCAUUAACAUUUCAGUUCCAUCUGCUGAGAGAGAACAGCUACGACUAGAAUUACAGCAACUGAACCAUCAGAUCAACCAACAGACCCAGCUACGUGGACUAGAGGCUGUUAGUAACAGGCUGGUGUUGCAGAGGGAGGCGAACACACUGGCAGGCCAGCCACAACCUCCACCACCAACUCCAAAAUGGCCUGGAAUGAUCUCAAGUGAGCAGUUGAGCUUGGAAUUGCACCAAGUGGAAAGGGAAAUUGGGAAGAGAACUCGAGAACUCAGUAUGGAGAACCAGUGUUCUCUAGACAUGAAAAGCAAACUGAGUACCAGUAAACAAGCAGAAAAUGGACAGCCAGAAUCACAAAACAAGGUUCCAGCUGAGGACCUUACAUUGACAUUCAGUGAUGUACCGAACGGAUCAGCCCUGACACAAGAGAAUAUCAGCCUCCUAUCAAACAAGACCAGCUCCCUGAACCUAGCAGAGGACCCCGACGGAGGAGGGGAUAACAAUGACUCCCAAAGAUCAGGAGUUACACCUAGUUCUGCUUCCUAA